AUGGCGGAAGACUAUUCCGACUAUGACGUAUUCUAUUCUGUGCGGCCGUUUCCCACAGAUUCGUUCGAUUGCCGCCGCGCCUCUUCUGCGGCGUCUCACAUCCACGUCCGCUUCUCUCACCACACAGCUGACGACGAUGACCGAGAAUACGAGGAAGAAUCACGAACCGUAUGCGUGGGAGACGAGUUGCUGGAGGAGGGGUCGGAGGUCGACUGCGGCAAUUUCAUCUUCUCCGAAUUGCCGUUUUACUGGCCUAUUCACGGCGACAUCCUCCAAGAAAUCUUCGACGAAGUGAUCGGGAAAGCAAGGGAGUUUAAGUGUAAUCUUGGGGUUGACAUACGCACGGUUCACAUACGAGAUUACGAGGAGGAUCGAGAUUUCGGAGCGGCAGCGGAGGGAGUAAAUAAUGGCGCCGCCCCCGCCGCCUCCGAUGGAAUGUCCGUAGUGAAGUCGUUAAAGAGGAAGAGAAUAGAGGAGGGCGGCGGUAAUUGUUGCGUUAUUUGCUUGGAGGAGUUAAAGGCGGGAAGAGAUGUGGCUGUGAUGCCGUGCACCCAUCACUCAUUUCACGACGACUGCCUCUCAUCUUGGUUCAAGAGAAGCCGUUCUUGCCCUCUCUGCCGUCGCAAAAUCUCGGAUUCCAGUUCUUAA